GGGAGGGGCGGACUUGGCUGUUGACCGGUCAACAGAACUGAACUUGACCAGAACCAUCUCAAACAACAAAAGACCCAAAACUCAAAGAACUUCGAAAACAACAACAAACAAACAGCAAGAAUGGCUCAAGUCGAGCAGUAUACCACUACCGACCAACACCAUCAUACCGACGAGAACCAUCCAGGACUCUCAUCAGUCCCCUCAUUGCCUGGUCCAGAGUUAGACUCAAAACACUACCAACACCAAAAAGAGUUACCUGAACCACCACUCUUCUCCCCUCCGAUCACCAACACCUCCUUCGAUGAUACCAGCUUCGAUCGACCUGAGGAUCUCUCCAUCGAGAGCAUCCAAUCUCACUCCAGCCUCGCCGAGUUCAACGAUAAGUCCCAUGAAGAUCAUUCAGGCUCGAUCAACGAACCUCGAACUCCUGAAUCUAUUGCCCCUAGUUUAGAUUACGUGCCCUUUAUCACCAGUCAAUCGGACUCUUUAUCAGUCGACCAGCUCAACCACCCACCAGAGAUUAUCUCGAAAGCUCAAGCCCCACAAGAAGAUGAGGAGGUCGAAGAAGAGACUUCUCACGAAGAUCUCCACGAUCACUCGUUUGCUUCUGCUUCUCAAAAACCAGAGUCUCAACAUCAAAAGUCGCUCGAAUCAGAGCAAAUUCAUCCGCAAUCAAUCAGUCCUUCUGUCGAAGAAAACGCGAAAGCCGAGUCUGAGCAACUUCCGGUCGCAGCUGUAAACGCCCCACCUAAAGCAAUUCACAGACAGGUUUCUAAAUCUAAGCACUUGAGCUCUGGAAGUCAAACUAAAUCGAUGUCCGCAGAUGAGUGGUUAGAUAUCACUAGGACCGAGUUCCAAUUCGCAAUUGGUCUAUUUGCGAUUCCUUGGUCUUCAUUGAUUAUCUUGACUCGAUCGAUCAACUUGUUCUGGACUUUGAUCUUCACCCAGCCACUCGUCCAACCGAUAACUGGGAUCAUGCUUUCGAUCAUCGCGCCAUCGAUCCUUUACACUAGUCUCCUUGCCCUUCUCAUUAGUUCGGCUGCUCAUAUCCACUCUUAAUCAUUCUAGUCUUUGUCGUCUUAACUUCUCUGUCCUUACUUUGCCUCAAUGGUCACCCCACCCACCCCCACUUUUUUACCUUCUUAUUCUUCUUCUGAGCCCAGUCUUCGCAGUCGUUUACAUCAUCAUCAUCUUAUCUCCAUCCAUAUUCAAACAAACAAAAAUCAAGAAAUUCAUUUCUUCUUUAUUCUAGGAUGAGACAUUCUUAUUAGACACGAUGUGAUAUCUCCCAAACGGUCUACUCAUUAAUCUUUCUUCCCUUGUUCUGUUUUUGAUUUCCUUCUCGCUUCUUUCUACUCAUGAUUGUCAACUCUAUUUUAUUUUUCAUCACAAAAACAACACCAAAACGUUUGUAAUGGCCCGUUCAUUCUUCCGCUCCAUAUCAAAUUCGAACACGUUUAAGUUUAUUCACCAUCCAUGUCUAUCUAACUUCAAUCGAAGAACAAAGGUAUAUAUCUAUAUAUGCAUAACUGAUUUAUUUGUUUUUGUCAACAAAGUCUUACAUUCUAAUUAUCUAUCAUUACACAAACACAUUAAUAUAAAUACAUCGAAGAGAGAAAGAAGAAGUUGCCAUUCUCUGUCUAGAUGCUCCAUAUACACUUGUUACAUAUUUGUGACCUCCGAGUCCCCCCUUCCCCAUCUCUUUUUGUUGGUCAUCUUAUAAAAAACAUUUGUGUAAAUAAAUACCGUAUUUACCUAAGUUAUAUCACAUUGACUUCCACCAUA